GCCGGUCAUUGGGCGGUGUGAUCUCUCCACGAUUCCGCGGCCCUGCCGCCGCCGCGCCGCCGCCGCCAGCAGAGCGCACCGGGCUGGCCGGGCGAGUGGCCAUGGCGGGCGCCGAGGACGGGCCGGGCCAGCAGCCGGAGCUCGACGAGGACGAGGCGGCGUAUUGCCGGCGCUGGGGCGCGCAGCACGCCGGGGCCCGCGAGCUGGCUGCGCUCUACUCGCCAGGCAAGCGCUUCCAGGAGUGGUGCUGUGUGGUCCUGUGCUUCAGCCUCAUUGCCCACAACUUGGUCCACCUCCUGCUGCUGGCCCGCUGGGAGCAUAUGCCCCUCGUCUUACUGGGUGUUGCCCGAGGGAUCCUGUCAGAUCAUGCUCUUCCAGUGUUCUCACCUGCAUACUCAGUUGCAGGGGCUCUCAUUGCUGACUUCUUGUCUGGCCUGGUGCACUGGGGUGCCGACACAUGGGGCUCCGUGGAGCUGCCUAUCGUGGGGAAGGCUUUCAUUCGACCAUUCCGGGAGCACCACAUCGAUCCCACAGCUAUUACACGGCAUGACUUCAUCGAGACCAAUGGGGACAACUGCCUGCUGACACUGCUGCCACUGCUAAACAUGGCCUACAAGUUCUGCACCCAAAGCCCUGAAGCCCUGGAGCAUCUCUACCCCUGGGAGUGCUUCAUCUUCUGCCUGAUCAUCUUCGGCACCUUCACCAACCAAAUCCACAAGUGGUCACACACAUACUUCGGGCUGCCACGCUGGGUCACCCUCCUGCAAGACUGGCAUAUCAUCCUGCCUCGUAAACACCACCGCAUCCACCACGUGUCGCCCCACGAGACCUACUUCUGCAUCACCACAGGCUGGCUCAACUACCCUCUGGAGAAGAUAGGCUUCUGGCGACGCCUGGAGGAUAUCAUCCAGGGCCUGACAGGGGAGAAGCCUCGGGCAGAUGACAUGAAAUGGGCCCAGAAGAUCAAAUAACUUCUCCAAGUCUGUCACCUGGUUGCCAACCUUCCCUAACUCCCAAACCGAAGCCAUCUGCCAAAUUCCAGCCUCUUUGAGCUGGCCCCUCCAGGUGGAGAGGACAUCUCCUGGGCUGGGCCCAGGCAAUCCCAGCCCACCCCUCGUGACACAGAAUACUUGAGCCACUGAUUUAUCAUUUCCUUUUUUCAUUUUCUUUCUUUGCCACUCCCCCCCCCCCAGCCACCUGAGCUGCUCUGUCUGCCAAGCCUGACUCUGCAGAAAAGGGAGCCCCGCCCUGCCCACCGUCCCUCCUGUAGAGAGGCGGCUUACCCACUCCCUGCACUCUGCCCUGUGCCCUGCUGAGCAGCCCUUCAGUGUGGCUGGCAUCGGGGCCAUUGAGUUGCCUCUGUUGGUCCCUCCUUGUCUGUCCCCAGUGGUCUAGGAAGCCGCCAGGCACACUAAGUGUCCCUGGAGCAUUGUCCUGCCAUGGCCCUGCAAACUGAACCUGGAGCCCCGGAUGGCAAAGCUCAAGGGUCUGAAGGCAGCUGGCCAGAAGUGGCCGGAUUUCUCUGCCCUAGUCUGGAACCCCCUUUUCCACUAUCCUCCCACCCCCAUCUGCCCACGUGAUUCUAGCCAGAGCUGGUAAUUCCAAUACAAGGAUGUCUUCACAGGGCGUAGUCCCUGCAAAGAGUCUUGGUCGUUUGGAAGGGGACAUGGUGUCCCCUCUGGCCAGGUUGUGUCAGAAGGAAGAGUGGGGCUUUUUGUUUUUUUGUUUUUUUUGUAAAGGUGCUUGCUUGUUUAAUGUAAAUAAUAGAAAGCCUUAAUAUCUUUUCUGUAACACGGAGUAAUAUUUUAAUGUCAUGUUUUGGAUGCACAUAAUAUAUUUAUAACAAAGCAGCAAGAGUCUAC